AUGGGACAUUCUUCUUCCGGUGGAGGAAAAGGACGUGUGACUCCUCAGAAAGUCAAGAGCAAUUCGAGUUCAACAGUUGUGAAACAUCUAUUUUCAACUAAAGAUGAAAACGAUGGAAAGGCAAGAUCGUCGUACAAAGAUGCCAAAGAAAGAGUGAUUGAUUACAUCCAAGCUUCUGGAAUGAAAUGCUCAGAAGACAUGGUGAAAUCUAUUCAAGAUGGAAAGUCGAUCGACUUCAAUGCAAUUGCUCCAACAUUGAAUGCUCCAACUCAAACUGAAGCUGUUGCAAGAGAAACAGAGAUGGCUCAAAACAAGAUUCUCUAUUCUGCAAAGCUUGACGAGAAAAUGUGA